AUGGCGCAGUUAGAUCCAGCAAUCUACACUAUUGCAUGGAUUGCACCCCUUGAGAUCGAGGCCAUUUCAGCCCUGCAUUUGCUCGAUAAUUCACAUCAUGGCCGAUUUUCUCUCAGUCGCGGGGAUGAUUACGUAUUUCACGCUGGCGAUGUAUGCGGACAUAAUGUCGUCAUCGCAACAUUACCGGCUGGUCAGGAAUAUGGUACAGGAUCAGCCGCGGCCUUGGCUGCCCAAGUCAAGAGGUUUUUCCCCAACCUUUGGUUUGGCUUACUUGUUGGUGUAGCCGCUGGGUUACCUCUUCUCUUUGGACCUGAACGACGCGACAUCCGGCUCGGCGACGUAAUAGUCGCGCUUCCCGAAGGUGACAGCGCAGGGUUAUUCGCAUACGAUUUAGGGAAAGAAUGCGCCGCAAAAGGCUUCCAACCCUUGCGAUCUGGACAUGUCCUUGCUGUAACAGAAACUGUCGUCAGGUCGGCCAUCGGGAGUAUCAAAAUCCACGCGCCAAAUGAUACGGCCUUUUUUCUUCCGUUUUACCAUGAUAUAAAGCACAGAGAGCAUGCAUCUGGGAAUUUCAUGGACCCUGGUCAGGAUAAUGACGUGUUUUACGACAUGAACGAGCACGGAGUGCACAGCGUAAUUGCCCGAGAACCGCGGCCGAAGUCGAGACGUACUCGAGUCUGGUAUGGGCCAAUAGCCUCUGGAGAGAAGCUAAUGAAGAACGCAGUGAAGCGCAAUGAACUAAGGGAUAGAUAUAAAGUUAUCGGCAUCGAGAUGGAGGCUGCCGGGACAAUGAAUCGCAUACCUGUGGGUGUUAUCCGCGGGGUAUGUGAUUAUGGAGAUGAGCGAAAAAACAAAGAAUGGCAACCUUACGCAGCAGCCAUGGCUGGAGCGUAUGCCAAAGCCGUUUUGGCACAAAUUGGACCCAAGAACCUUCAGUCUGCAGCUGUAUCCGAAUCCAGCCAGGGUAGUUCCACCAUCAUCAGGGACUUGCCCCAACCGAGUACAAAAAGUGACGGAUAUUCGGACGAGCCAUGCAGGAACGAGUAUUUCGAGACGCCGCAAUCAGUGACCAGCCUCUUCACGGGCCGAGAAGAUUUGCUUGAUGAUCUUUCCCGUACCUUUAUCCAGUCAGGAAGCCCGAGAGCUGAGGCACAGCGCCGCUUUGUGGUCUACGGACUAGGUGGUGCGGGAAAGACCCAAUUCUGUUGCAAGUUUGCCGAAGAAAAUCGCGACAGAUUUUGGGGAAUAUUUUGGAUCGACGCUAGCUCUGAGGAGAGAGUUGAAGACAGCUUUAAACACAUAGCCGCUCUGGCCCUACUACCUCGAAACGCGAACGCUGCUCUACAUUGGCUCUCAAAAGCGGACAAGAAAUGGCUUCUUAUUAUCGAUAAUGCCAAUGACUCGAGAAUACCCUUGGAGAAUUAUUUCCCAAAGGGCAGAUGUGGACACAUUCUCAUAGCGACACGCAAUCCGGCACUGAAAAUACACGGGAACACCGGACCAGAAUUCUACAAUGUCAGCGUGAUGGGUUUCAAGGAGGCCAAGAGCCUGCUGCUGCGGUCUUCCGGCGUGCCUGCGCCAUGGGCUCGUGAUUCUGAGGAUGACGCAAUGACGGUCACGAAAGCUUUAGGACUUCUGGCCUUGGCAAUUGUGCAAGCAGGUGCAGCCAUUCGCAGCGGUCUGUGUAAAAUGAAGGACUACCUCAAGUUCUAUCAGCGUAGUUUUGAUAGACUUCGACCUACCAAUCGCUCGAAAGGCCCAAGCAAGAACGAAAUGGACGCAUAUGCAACUUGGGAGCUGAAUUACGAGCAGCUAGAGAAGAAGAAUACUGAAGCAUCUGAAGAUGCCAUCCAGUUACUCCAAGUCUUUGCUUUUUUCCACAGAGAAAACCUUUCGCCAGAGAUAUUUUCGAAGGCCUUACAAAACUUCAAGCUUGAAGUGGACCAGCAACAGAAAGAGUCUGGGGCUGAAUGCAAGGCAACGACUUGGAAACAAUGGUUUAGGGAAAUGAGUGUUCUCGUCGUCGCUUUUUUGAAGAAAAACAGAGGGCCUCCCCCAAUUCCACGUCUCCUCCGCGAUGGUCGGCAAUCUGGACGCCUCGAAGAGUGUGAGGAUCGCAUUCUUUAUGCAUUGAGAGAGCUGACUGAUCUAUCUCUGAUAGAGCGAAACUCUCACAACGAUACAUAUGUUAUGCACCCAAUCAUCCACAUUUACGCUAGAGAACGGCCCAGGAUGAAACUCGUAGACCAGGUACUUUGGGCCGACGUUGCUGGUAUCGUCCUUGCGUCCUCUAUCCUUCUGCCACCGCUAGGAGUUGGAGAAGAGGUUGAAAAAUUCCACAUCAGCUUGCUUGCCCACAUUGAGCAAGUCGAGCUUUGUCGCGACGACCUACGAGAUAGGGUAUCGAAGAAGGAACCGUCUUGGACUUCUUGGUUAACCACUGCAUCUACAAUAAAUAUUGAUUUGCUGCGAAUGAAGGCCAAGUUUGCCUUUAUUUAUGCUACUUGUGCCAAGUGGGAUAAAGCAAGGUUAUUGCUCGAAGAGGUCAAGAUGAUUUGCGAUUCCGUCUUGGGCGCCCACGAUCCUCGGUCAAGGAGAGCGACUCUUUUCCUCUCCGAUGUGCUUGUGUACAUGGAUCGAUCUAUCGAAGCAGCAAGCUUGCAACAAGCAUUACUCAAAACCUGCUCAGGAUUCCUGGGCAAGGACCAUCCUGAUACAUUGAGGGUGAUGAGCAAACUGGGAGGAACUCUCUGGCAACAAGGGCAGUAUACUACAGCUCUAGAUUUACAAAGAACAGCUGUUGCUGGCAUGAGGGUGCAAUUGACAGCAGAGCACCCCGAUACGCUCGAGGCAAUCGACAAUCUUGGCCGAACCGUCUCCAAGUUCUGGGCACGCGACAACAUUGAAGAGUCGCGUCAACUUCAUACCGAAGCAAUUGAAGGAAUGACUAAGAUACAUGGGGCCGAGCAUGAAAAGACACUGACCGCCAAAGAAAACUUGUGCAGGAUCUUGGUUCUACUUGGCGGAGACUAUUUCAACGUGGCCGACGGUUUAAUGAACCAUGUGCUUCAAACCCGCAAGACCAAGCUCGGAAAAGAACAUCCGCAAACGCUUCUAGCAAUGGCCAAUUACUCAAUUGUAAAGUGCGGCAUCGGCGACUUUGAUGCGGCAGAGAAACUGAUAUCGCUCGGCUUGCCUAUUGCCGAGAGAAAUCUGGGUGAGAACCACAUCGGUGCCCUUUUUGGCCGUCAAAUUCUAGCCUGCAUACUUAUGCAGCAAGACAGGCUGACUGAGGCGGAAGAGAUGUUGCGUCAAGUCACUGAAAAGCAGAAGAGUAUGGAGUCGAGACGUGGAAACUAUCACCCUGAUCGACUGGGAGCACUUAUUGAUCUCGCUCGCUGCUGCUAUUUACAAGGGAAAAUUGCCGAAAGCAUUAGAACCUGUGAGGAAGCGCUACAGGGUUUCACAUCUAUCAGCAUCCAGGAACACCCUCUGGCAUCAUUGCUAAAAGCUGCCAGAGAGCAAAUGCUGAGACAAGAGGGCCAGGCAAAUGACAAUGUGCAGGAUGCUCCACAAGCUAACGUCAUCUUCCCUGCUAUAUUCUUCAAGUUCCCAGAAGAUUGA